AUGUCCUGGCUGAAAAAUGCAGUCACAAAAGUUGGAGAAAAGGCUGAGGCGAUCAAACAUAGCGAAAGGUUUCAACGACUGCAGGAGAGAACGAGUGUCGUCGUCGCUUCUGCCGCCGAGGGGGUGAAACGGGCACGUGAGAAGAUUGGUCGACCUGCGAACGCGAUCGAGUUUGAAGCGCAACUCGAAAGUCGAGCCAAGUCGACGCGUACACUGGCCGGUAUUGUCGAGAUGCACAAGUCCUGGGUCCAGAGCAUCUCAGCAGGAAAGGAGGGGGCUCCACGGGUGGUGUCUGGGGACCACGAGCUUGGAUUCAAGGAGAUGUUCCUCCAGAGUCGCGCCUUGGAAUAUUCAAUGGAGGUCAUUGUUUCGGAGCCCUCGUUGCGAGAGCAAUACAUGGACCCGCCGAACCCGGACGACAAGACCUCCGCCAUCGCAUGCCUGUACGAGCUUUUCUCUAAAACUUUGGCGUUUCCAGCUUCUCAGUGGCAAGGCUUGCUACGAGUGGCAAUGACUGGAGGGUUGCCAGGCGAGGAGCAAGCCGCGUGGCUUACAACCGCCAUCACAGCGAUGAAAGCCGACUUCCGCGUGUUGGAAGGGGGCGGCCACCAGCGCCACUUGGACGGCAUCCGCGACGUCUACGACACCUACGCUGCGGAUUGGAACCGUCUUUGCCAGGAGGUCCCAGCCCUUGCGGCCGUUGUGCCGGUGAGCAAGGGCGACCCCGCUCACUGGAGCCGAGGGAGCGGCAUCUUCAACUUGAGUUGGGCCGCCGCACCCGAGGCCACAGCUGAAGAAGAAGCCGCUGAGCCGGUGACCGCGUCGGACGUGCUACCAAAGGAGGAGCCACAGCUGGGAGACGACGACCAAGGGCCAGUCACAGACGCCCACGACCAAGGCGACCCAGGAUCCGAGGAGCCUGUGGUUGCCGAGGUCGCGGGGGACCUUAAGGAGGAAGCGCCCGACGACACUGACGCAGGGGCCGCUGAGGACCUUGGAGUCAGUGGCGUCGCCCACGCUGAAGGAGAAGAGGAGGAGCCGGUGGUUGAGGAGUUCGAAGUCGACGCUGUCUGGGCUGACCUCGCCCUAGCUUAUUCCAGAAGGCCUGCCUCUCUUGAUCUUGCAGCAGCUCCCGUUGUGAGCGACCGCCAGGGCGAGAGGAUUCGGAUUCUGGGUCAUGAACAUGGUGCUCCGUGGCGCACGGGGCUCGAGGCUUUUCAGGAUAGGGUUGACUUAGCGUAUGCCAUGGCCGCCGUGGGCGACAUAGUCUUUGUGAGAGUGCGGAAUCAAGCCGGCGAUACGUUGCCAGUGUGUGGAUGGUUGCUUGAAGAAUUGGGCGAGGAGCUCAUUGUAGGCUGCCUGGCCACUGCCGUCAAGGGGGUUGCCGAAACCAGCACAACAAAGGUUGGCCAACAGCAGGUUGGUUACCUCCGGAUCGCUAGGACUUCCGCUAGCGGCACAGCUCCGACCCAGUGGACGGGAGAACGAGCGAAGGAUUUGCCGUCUUUCUCUACCAUCCUCAAGGGAUGGAAAGAUCUGAACCGAGAGUUGAAGAGCAGCGAGGCCGAGUGUUGGGAGGACGCCGUCCCGGACAGGCCCGCAGCAGAACGCCGCACUCGUGGGGCGAAGAAGUUAGCCGCCGACCUUGCUCAGUUAGGCAGCCUUUUCGGGGGGAACUCGGACGUGAGCGACGAAGAAGACGAGGAGCCCACGGAGCCGAAGAACCGCCGAAGUCAGGCAGCGAGCUCGACGGGCAUGUUGGCCCCAGGAGCGGCUGGCGUCCGAGCCCAACGCAGCAAGGAUCCCGCCAAGAAGCCAGAGGCCAAGAGGCUAGAUCUUCAAGAGAUGAUGGCCUUGGGCAUUGCGCAGGGCGCAAACGCCUCCGACAUGAUGCCGCUACUCAUGAUGAACUACCUCAUGGAGGACAAACGGGAUCGGCAGCGUCGGCGUCGUCAGCGAGACCGGGACGAAGGCUUCCUUGGUGGCUCCUCGUCCGAAGGUUCGGACGCCGACGGUUUGGAGUUGAAGGACAAAGGGAUGAAGGCUGUCACGUCCCUUCAUCGCCUCCAGCAGCGAAUCGAGAAGCGACCGCGGAAGAUCUAUCAGGAGUUCGAGCGGGAGAUCGCGGAGGAGCUGGGGAUAGUGGCCGGGCAAGCAUGGACCUUGAAGGACUACUUGAGGCGUCAGCCUUGGGGAAAGUUCAAGGGAAUCUAUCGCUGCGCGGUCAUGGACGCCCAAGUCUACGAGUACCUCCGCGCCGGAAACUCGGAGGCGGCAACGGCUCAGCUUUGCCAAAACAUGAAAGCAAAAGUGCAGGCAGUGCUUCAGCAAGGCGACUGGUCUGCCGCGUGGCUGCUGACGGGUCUGGCCGACCCGCUGGCGAAGAAGGAGUUUGGAGGGACCAAAGAGGAGUUGGCGGUAGUCAGCGGAUACAUGGACGCUCUGGCGAAGCUCCGAAAGCGCAUGAAGGAGACAGGUAUUCUGCCAGAGCGGUCUGGCAAUUCACAGCCUCUUUUUCCAGGCCUGCUUCCCUACCCCGAGGUGCUUAACUGCAGAGGGGUGCCACUGGAACGCUCCACUGCGAAUUGGGCCAAGCUUCUCAUGAAUGAGUUUGUGGCGUGGUCUAACUUCGUGGUGCUAGGCUGCCCGGAGUGCAGGGAUAGCUGCUAUGAGCCGCGGGUGGUCUACCGGAGUCUCGAAGACAUGAGGCUCUUCUCGGACAGGCUGCUUGGCGAGGUUAUGGCUUUUUCUUCCCCGGAUUUGCUUAAGGAUUCCUUAAGUUUAGACGGGAAGAGGGGAGACUUGGACGCUCUCCUUCAGACUCUUGCUCGCUCUACGCCGAGCUACGACGGCACCGUGCCUCAGGCUCCUCCUGACAGCGGCGUGGCUCUACCAGUGCUGGCUGAGCGCAUGGCGGUGCCAGAAGAGGCCGGGCAGGUGAAUCCAGCAGACUGGCUGGAUCCCUUGAAGGCGGUGGUUUUUGAGAACCUUGAGAGUUUGCGCCUGCCCGAAGAAGCUUGGCAGGAGAUUCCUGUUAGCUGUCACCGAGUUCCCCUCGAGCAAGAGGCCGCAGUGAUGCAGAAGUUGCUUGACACGAACAUGGUGGUAUUAAUGCCGGAGUCUGAGCUGCCGAGGGCGCAGGACGGAAGGCUCCUCAUUGGAGGCCUGUUCGCUGUGAAGAAGAACAGCUCAGAGGACCGUCUGAUCUUCGACAGGCGCCCCGAGAACGCGACGAUGCGCCGGUUGCGUUGGGCAUCAUUGCCCAGCGGAGCCUGCUUUACCCGUAUGCUGCUCAGAUCCAAUGAAUACGUCAGGGGCUCCGGUGAUGACUUGCGUAAUUUCUACUACGCCUUGAGCUUGCCCGAGUCCUGGAUCAGGUACAACGCUGUCGGUCGACGAGUAGAUCCAAAGAUCGUGGCCGCGAAGGGCUUGGACCCCAGAGUCCCUCACAGAGCUUGCUUCAGGGUGCUCGGCAUGGGGGAUGUCAACGCUUGCGACGUGGCGCAGGCGACCCAUGAGAGCAUACUUCGCGACGCCGGACUGCUGGAGCCUGAGACGGUACUCGUGUACGGAAAGAGUGCGCCGCAAACGGACAUCUGGGAGGGAGUCUACCUGGACGACCUUCUGGUGACAAAGCGCUGCACUUACCACGGUGAUGUACCGCUUGAUGGAACUUUCAUUCCUCCGCCGGCCCAGGACGAUGACGAGGACAUGCAGAGGGUGGCCAAGGCAGAGUCUGCAUACCAGCGUGCGGGCCUAAAGCGAGCCACUCACAAAGCCUUCCGGGCGGAGGUCCAAUUCAGAGCGUGGGGUGCCGAAGUGGACGGAGUGCUUGGGCGAGUUUCGGGUCCUCUCGCUGCUCGCCGCCAGGUGUGGGUGCUGAUCCGCAAAGUGGUCGCGUUGGGGGCGCUGCACCAAGCUAGCUCUUCAGCGAUUGCUCGGCCUGGUGACCUUUCACUUGCAGUUUCGGAGGGAGUUGUUUAG